UCUUUAACUUUCUCAGUUUCCAGGGAUUGCCUUGAUCAGCAAGGUUUUGGUGCCCCAUGGAUUGGGGCUAACAGAUUUUCCACAGAAAUCACAGGAAGCUUUUGGUUUCCUGGAGUCUGUCCAUCAUGGCUUUAGUCUAUGGGGCUCUGAUGUUUGAUGUGCAGCAGUUAGAGAAUGUCCUUCAGGUUUGGCAUGUGCAGUGACAGAGGGUGUUGUAAAUUGUGACUGGGGCAGCAGCAAUUGUCAGAAUGUGUUGCAUCACUGUGGUUGUGUUCUUGCCCUUGGAGACUGCAGGAAAUUUCAAAUGUCCUCCAGAGGGAAGCUGGUCUCCAGGCUUUUUCUUCAGAGAUAGAGCAAACAAGUUGACUUCUCAGACUGCACCUGGGAGCAAGUCACCAGCCUUCCUGAAUGUGUCUACACCAUAAGUCGAGAGGAUGUGGUGCCCGCUCCUUUAGUGGCAGAGUCUUCCGAAUGACCUUCUUGGUGCUGGCUGCAUCCCUUAUCCUGCCCCUGCUUGGUGCCAUGAAGCUACUGGAGUCCCCCAUCGACCCUCAACCUCUCAGUUUCAAAGAACCUCCUUUGCUGCUUGGUGUCCUACAACCAAAUACAAAGUUGCGGCAUGCGGAAAGGCUGUUCGAGAAUCAGCUCAUUGGGCCGGAGUCCAUAGCAAAUAUAGGGGAUGUGAUGUUCACUGGUACAGCUGACGGCCGGGUCCUAAAACUUGAAAAUGGUGAAGUAGAGACUGUCGCCCGGUUUGGCUCAGGCGCAUGCAAGACCCGUGACGACGAGCCUGCUUGUGGGAGACCCCUGGGCAUCCGUGUGGGACCCAACGGCACUCUAUUCGUGGCUGAUGCGUACAAGGGGCUGUUCGAAGUCAACCCCCAGAAACGGCAAGUGAAGUUGCUGCUGUCCUCUGAGAUGCCCAUUGAGGGAAGGAAGAUGUCCUUUGUGAACGAUCUUACCAUCACUCGUGAUGGGCGGAAGAUUUACUUCACGGAUUCCAGCAGCAAGUGGCAGAGACGAGACUUCCUGCUGCUGGUUAUGGAAGGCACCGAUGAUGGGCGCCUGCUGGAGUAUGACACUGAGACCCAAGAGGUACGGGUGCUCCUGGACCAGCUGCAGUUUCCCAAUGGGGUACAGUUAUCUCCUGAGGAGGACUUUGUCCUGGUGGCUGAAACGACCAUGGCAAGGAUACGCAGGGUCUAUGUGUCGGGCUUGAUGAAAGGUGGGGCUGAUGUGUUCGUGGAGAAUUUGCCCGGAUUUCCUGACAAUAUCCGGCCUAGCAGCUCUGGGGGCUACUGGGUGGCCAUGUCCGUCAUCCGCCAGAACCCCGGGUUCUCCAUGCUGGACUUCCUGUCGGACAAGCCCUGGAUCAAAAAGAUGAUUUUCAAGCUGCUGAGUCAGGAGACAGUGCUGAAGAUCGUGCCGCGGUACAGCUUGGUUCUGGAGCUCAGUGACAGUGGUGCCUUCCGGAGGAGCCUGCACGACCCUGAAGGGCUGGUGGCCACCUACAUCAGUGAGGUGCAUGAGCAUGACGGACACCUAUACCUGGGCUCCUUCCGGUCGCCUUUUCUCUGCAGGCUCAGCCUGCAGUCAGUCUAGAUCUGUGUGUGCCAGGGAGCCGGAGCAGCCAUGGGUGCAGCUGUCCCAGCACCUGUGGGUCCUCAGAGGAGUGGAUGGAAAGGUGGCUACAGCCUGACUGGACCAUUCUCCUGGGAGUGACUUCCCUUUUAGGGGAAGAUCAUUCAUAGAAAGCCAUUUCCUUUUAAAAAGUAAUGUCUCUAGGGACUGUCUUUCUCUAGGAUGUGGGAAAUUUGCACUAUCCAUGGAGCGCAGAGUUGAUGGCCAGAGUCACUGAUAAGCUGCCAGAGCUCACUGCUGCUCUGGCCUUGCCCUAAGGUUUCAGUAUCCCUUUCUGAGGGGGACAUGUACUUUCAGGGCAGCACAGAAGGGCCAGGGGGCACAGUGUGAGUUCGAGAUACAGCCUGGGUGCCCCCCACUGUGUGUAGAGUCCUUCUAACCACACCAGAUAUUUGCAGACCUCAGUAGACGAGGUGAAAAGGACUGCAGAUCUAGGGCUAGUGGGCCCAUUUGGGUUCUUCUGAGUCUGACCCCGACUGCGAGUCCAUCUGGGAAUGCACUGCCUCUCCUUUGUUCUGUCCCUUGGGCCCCACGUAGGCAGUGCAUGUGUGAUGUCCUAUCUUCCGCUAGUGUCACAACCCCAACUGCUGUGUAUCUUGACAGGUCGACACACUGGUCUUAAUUUGAUAAUAAUAAACAGUUUUAACUUA